AAGUAAACAAACAAGAGGGCGCGGGAAGGAGGCUCCGCACUUUAAGACACAUUAACACCAAUCUAAUCGGACAACCUACCUGUUACCAGCACCUCCGGGGCACUAGAAGUUGUGGCACCACAGCUUGCACGGCCUCAUCAAAGCCUAACAAGAACAAGGCUCCGCACUGAAACGUAAAACGUGGACUCAGGAAAUCAGGAUCUGCUUGUGCAACCAUGAGGGGAAAGUUAGAUGUAACUAACAUAUCACUUGAAGAUUUUUUUUAUGGGGGUCUCAGCAUUUGAAGAAGAGCUUACCUACAUCUCUCCUUCUGUUUUGCAUGGCCCAUGUGCACGAAAAAGAUCAAGAUUGAAGAACAGUGUAAAGGAUUCCUCACAUCCUCAAUCUAAGUCUUCCAACAUUACAAGAACUUUAACUUCUGAAAGAAAAGAAUUUAGAACUCAGGGUAUCAAGAGAAAAAAUAAUGAACAGGCUAAAGAAGUACAACAUAAAAAAUUACUGGUCUGUUUAGAGAGAAUGGAAAUGUUGCCUAAGCAGAAACAAGUAGAAACGUCUAGAACAUUGCUGGACAUAAGUAAUGGCAAACUGAAUCUUCGAGGAACUAAAAGAAAAAAAUUCUCUUGUAUAUACUGCAUAUAAUAGUGGAGAGAAUGAUGUUGGCAGUGAAGUUAGAUCAAACUCUGCUGAACAAUGUAGAACUAGUACUACAGAAAGAGGAAGAGGCAGAGGAAGAGGGAGAGGGAGAGGAAGAGGAAGAGGGAAGAGGAGGAGAGGGAAGAGCAAGAACAAAUGAGAGUAUGUCCUCUGAGAUAUUAGGAGUUUUUCGUCUUCCAGAAUCAAGUCUCAUCAGAAAGUCACCACGGCAAAAAAGGAACAGUAGUUUGUUAGAUUUUGAACAUAAUUCUGACACUGAUGCUGGUGUAAGAUAUGGAGAUUUUUUGUAAAGAGACUCAAGCUUUGGAGUCUGUCCACUCUUCAAAGUCUGUGUCAUCAAGUAAAAAAAACAAAGAGAAGCAGUGAUUAUAAAGAACAAGAAUCUGUUAUCAAAAGAUAUGGAAGCAACAUGAUAAGACCACAGGGAUAUUCACUGAAGACACAUGAAUCCACUGAAAAUUUGUCAGCUAAUGGAUUUGUGAAAACUGAAAAAAAGACGUCAGGAGCACAUUAAAAGUAUUCAUGGUUUAAUCUCUACUGAACCCUUAAAAGAGGAUCAGUCAGUUGAAAAACACAAGCAAAGUAAAAAUAAUAAUGUGGAAAGUAGAGAGGGGAAAAAAACAAGAGGUAGACCAAGGAAGAGUCCUAAACCUUUAGAAAAGAAGAUGGAUGCAGCUGGUAUAGACAGACAAAGCACUGUUUAUGGUGUCAGAGUCAGGAAUGGAAAAAAGCCAAGGGGUAGACCAAGAAAAAAUCUAGAACCUGCCAAAAAUAUUACUGAGAUUACUGUUAGUAAUGAGGAAGUUAAAAUUGACAGAAAGAAAACUAAAAAUAUAGAAUCCAAUGAAAACAUCAAUGAGAUUUCCAUUAAUAUGCAGCAACUGAGAAGAUCAACCCGUGAACGCAAAACAUACUUUGUGUAUGGAGAAGACUCUCUUUAUGAGUUUGAUGAAGAUAAUAAUUCAUUUACUUUCCCUGCUGUGAAGAGAAACCAGAAAAAGGCAAAGGCUCAGAGGAGCACUGUCAAUACUUUUAAAUCUGAGAAAAGUAUGCAAAAACAAGACUCAAAAAAACAAAGUCAUAUUGAAAACCAAAGAUUUGAUGAAAAAUUGAAGGAAACAGUUAUUGUAAGACUUGAACGCCUUGAAGAGAAGAAAACCUCAUCCAUGGAAGGAAAUCAAAAAGGGGCAGAGAAACAAGUUACUAACAGUGAAAGAGACAUCACACAAAACAUAAAAAAUAUAAGCAAGAAAAUUGGCAAGAAAGGAACACCUGUUGAGAUCAUUGGAAAUAAGAAAAAGACUCAAUCAGAAGCUGUUCAGAAUGCUGAAGAUUUAAAGAUAACAGCCAAAAAAGGAACUCUUAAGUAUCUUCAACAAAGGGAGAAGUAUAUAGAAUGCUUAGCAAAGGAGGCUCAGAAGGAUGAUGACUUUUCUUCUGAUAAUGCCUUUUUCACAAUGAAGAAAUACAAGUUCACUAAUCUUUUGCCACCAUCACAUGAGGAUACCCUAAAUAUUAUGACUCCCAAAAGAGAGAAAAAUGAAAACAGACCAGAUGCUGUUAUCACACCUCGAACUGCUUUAUUGGGUCAACUGCAACCCUUCACACCCAACACUCAGCCCUACUCUCCAUUCCCAACCUUGGAUAAAGACACAAGAAAAGAUGCCUUGAAACAGGUGUAUCAGGUCAUGAAGGGCAAAAAACACCAGCCUAUCCGAAAGCCACUACAAAACACUGUUGGCAGAAACAGAUCCUGCCAUCUCUUCACUCCACUUGAGCUCCCAGAAUAUCAAGAAAGUCCAAGUGGCAAUGAAUCUGAGACAAGCCGGGAUGAAUACUUCAGUGGUAGUGAAGAAUUUUAGGUCUUGAAAGAAUCUGUCAAUAUGAAGAUAGGGUACAGGUAAACCUUAGUAUAUAAGUGCAUUUUGUUACUCAUAAAAAUGUUGAAAAUGCUAAAGUUAUGAUGUUUUCUCAUGAUAAGAUGUAAGCUUGUUUUAAAACAUAAGGAUAUGGAAAGAGGGGUACUUUAUGUUUUAUUCUUGCAAUGAGACAAUAUUGUCUACUGCCCCAUAUUGGGAAAGAUGACAAGUAUUGACUUUGAGUAAAAUUUAUGGAAAUUAUUUUUUAAAUAUUUUUAAAUAUUUCUGCUGAGGAAAGCCAAAACUUGAGUCCCUGGAGCAGCAAGAUAUGUACACACACACACACACACACACACACACACACACACACACACUCGAGGGCAAAAUUUCCUUUUUACGUGACUUACACACACACACACACACGCACACACACACACAGGAGGGCAGAAUUUCCUUUUUAGGUGACUUACAUCCUUACUCAUUCUCUGCUGCGCCUAGCAGAGAAUGGUUUCAGGAGACAAACCUAAAUUGUCUCCACAUGACUGGAAUUAGAACCCAGGAUCUCUUGAUUGUGCUGACACUAAAUGAGAAUUUUGGCUUCUUUUUUUUUUGGCACUGACUGUAGUAACAUUAUAUUAUAUUAUAUUUUAAAGGAAAAUAAGUGAAAUUAUCUACCAUUUACAGUGAAGAUAAUAAGAGUAUUGUAAUUAAAUUUUCUCUCUCUUAACUAUAAAUUGUUUACUUUUUCAUAAUAAUAAUGUUAUUGAUAGGAUAUGAAACUGUUCCUUGUUUUUUUUUUUGGGGGGGGAUGGCUGGUUUAUCAUAUAUAUUUUUUAUUUUAUUCAAUUUUUUUUUUUAUUUGUGAAUCUUUUUAGUAUUACAGUUUUUGUACUGAGUGGACUUGUGCUCAGUGCUGUACCCUAGAUUCAAUAAUGAUGUUCUGCCUUCAACACCCCAUCCUUCCUUCAUUUGGUAAUAUUGUCUUACUCAUCGGGAAAUAUACUAGUAAGAUCUCUAUACCUACAUUGAUAAAUGGAUUUUGCAGUUUUAUUUUUUAUUUUUAUUUUGUGACAAAUAGGGAACAUGGGAAAGUAUACUUCCAGUCAAGACACAGAGUACAUGUUUCAAUAAUAAUUGUUAAAUUCAUGCUGUUCUUCUCACAAAAAAAAAAAUUUCACAAUAAGUAUAUGAAUUACCUAAUUAGUAGAGCAGUUAUGUUUUCAAAAUGUUCAUAUCAAAAUCCAUGGUCUCACAAUAGCAAGGAUGAAGGCAACCCACUUGGCAAUUCAUGAGCAGUAGGGAUGAGGGAGAGUCAACAGGAUUAAUACUUUCUGAUCACUCCAGAGCUUUUGGUACAAUAGCUACCAUCAUAUACAGAGUCAUACUAUUCUUGAAUGCUUUAGACUAUAUUGUACUGUAUCUUUUUUUCUUUAAAGUGAAACCAAAGAAAGAAAAAAGAUGAAAAUUACUAUCAUGUUACAUUCACUUAAAUAAACUUUCAGCAAUAAUAGACAACUUUUUUCUAAUUAGUAUUAUGAAUUUUGGUUUACUUUAUUGUUACACUGGAAUCAUUUUGACUGUAUUAGAGAAGUUAGAUUUUGUGAGUUGAUUGUGUUGCUGAGGGAUGGAUCUCUCUCUUAGUUUUGCUGACUUGCCUGGUAAGAGGAUAGAUUAUACCGUAUCAGUAGUAGGCUGGGAAAACUUUCUAGAUUUAGGAUAUUACAUAAAAGUUGAACUGAAAGACAACAGUCUUAAUGUGCCAGAGAUGAGAGUGAGAAGGGAAUACUGGUGUAAGGUAGUAAGCAUUCUGGCAGAUUGAAGACAGCCAGUUAGUUGAGAACUAGUUAGGAUGCUAAGAAACACUGAGAAAUAAUUUGAGAAAGUUCUGUGUAGUCUUUCCUUCUCCAUGACAACCCGAUAACUUCUUUUGUCAACACAAGGGUGACAAAACACGUUAGCUCAGAGUAUGCAGAUUGUAAUAUCUUAUUUGCAUGCUUCUGGCAUAAGAUAUGAAAAGUGUAUUAUGUAUAUAGUAUUUUUCUUGUUUAUGUGAUACUUUAAGGACGCUGUGUUACAAAUAUAUAUUGUCUAAUAUAAUCUGAGGCAAAAA